GAGAAGGGCAGCAGCUCUGCUUCUGUCCGCCCCACGAGCUCAGAGCCGCUGUUUAAUUUCUCCCCACUUUAUGUGCCACAUUCAGUCCGUUAGGUUGGUGAAAAAAGUGCCAACAUUUUGUCCAAAGCCGCUUCAUCUUUGACACGUCACAGUCCGCUUUUUAAGGAACUUCAACUUCAAGGCACCGAGCUGCUGCCUGCGCUUCUCAAUUUUAAGUUACUGUCUACUUCACUGAAGUUCAGCUGGUCGCUCAGCAUCAUGACUCGGAGGUCCUGUGCCAUUUACGCCACCGGGAUCGUCUGCGCUCACCUCCUGAUCGUGGGGAUCGCCCUGGUCGUGUCUCAAGCCUUCCAAACUAUGAUACACAGCCGGUUAAAAAAGGAAAUUACUUUGACAGAGAACAGCAGAGUGUUUGAGUCAUGGAAGAAUCCCCCACCACCUGUGUAUAUGGAAUAUUAUUUCUUCAAUGUGACCAAUCCCAAGGAGUUCUUAGCAGGUGGAAAGGCAUCCGUCAAACAGAUUGGACCGUAUACUUACAGGGAAUACAGGCCGAGAGAAAAUGUGACGUUCCUGGAGAACGGCACGAAGGUUUACGCCCUGAACCCCAAAACCUUUGUCUUUGUGCCUGAGAAAUCAGCAGGUGUCCCAGAGGUCGAUCUCAUCACGACGGUCAACAUCCCGUUUGUGGCGGUGAUGGAAAAGCUGAACUCUUACAACUUCCUUUUGAAAACCUUCGUUUCCAUGUAUAUUAACAACAUGGGCGUUGAAGUGUUCAUAACUCGGACUGUCCAUGAGGUUCUCUGGGGCUUCAAAGACCCUCUUCUGGCAACGAUACAUUCCAUGCAGUCUGAGGUGGAUGAACAUUUUGGCCUGAUGUGGAAGAAAAACGGAUCCCAUGAAGGAGAGUUUGUGUUCCAUACUGGGGAAGAGAACUACUUGGAUUAUGGCAAGAUAGACACAUGGAAUGGGAUGAGGCAGAUGUCAUGGUGGUCUUCCGAUCAAAGCAACAUGAUCAACGGCACGGACGGGGCAGUCUUCCACCCACUUCUGAACAGAAACGAGUUGCUCUACAUUUUUGCAGCUGACCUCUGCAGGUCCAUACAUCUGGGGUAUGUAGAAGACGUGGAAGUGAAAGGCAUCCAAGCUUAUCGAUUUGCACCCCCUGCAGACGUACUUAUGAGCCCUGAAACCAAUCCUACUAAUCAGGGCUUCUGUGUGCCAGCUGGAGAAUGUCUCGGCACCGGUGUGCUUAAAGUCAGUGUGUGUCGAGAAGGUGCUCCCAUCGUGGUAUCUUUCCCGCACUUUUACCAAGCAGACCCCAAAUACAUCAGUGCUGUUGAUGGGCUCAACCCCAACAAAGAAGAACAUGAGACGUAUCUCGACCUGCAGCCGACCACCGGGGUUCCCAUUCGUGCCUGCAAACGAGCUCAGCUCAAUAUUAUUCUGAAGAGAGUCCAAGGGUUUCCCAAAACCAGACACAUUAAUGAGACCAUUUUCCCCAUCAUGUACGUCAAUGAGACAGCAACUAUUGAUGAUGACUCUGCAGCCCAGAUGAGGACGCUUCUUUUAAUUGUGACACUUGUCUCAAACUUCCCUUUGCUCAUCGUGGGUUUGGGCAUCAUCCUGCUGCUCGUUCUUGUCGUCUUAUUCUGCAGAAACCGCCAGAAGAAGAAUGAAGUAAAACGUAUUGAUUUUAAUGAAGCUUUUCAUUCUUUUGCUACGGCGAAAGAAGACACGGCCUACACUCAGGUCAGCAACAAGCCAGAGGAGCUGUCUGAAACCACAAACAGCCAGCCGGUGAAAAAUGGCUCCUACAUCGCCAUGUCUCCAGUGGAGGCCCAGAAGUGUUGAUCGAGGAUCCAAAUCUGGCGCUCUGGGAGCAGUACAAGGAUGUGACAGUGCCGUGGUGGGGGAUUAAACAGUGGCUCACUUUCUCUUUUUUUUUCUUUUUUUUUUAUGGUUUGGUGUGGGGAGGAUGUUGACAUUACGAGACACAAACGUCCAGUUAGUGUUUAAAGACGAUGCUCAUCUCUGAGCCCUUCUUCGUGACUCUGUCCUCCUCUGCUACCUGCUGAGCACGGCCUUCGCUACUUGCCAUAAUGCAGCACAACAAACUCCCACUUUCCCUCUUCUUUGUCCCGUCAGGCCCGUCAUGCUCGGUCCAGCACUCAACAAGACGAGGAGCACUGGGUGGGUUCAGCCGGGACACGCCUCUUUUUGUAGUUCUUCUGAGGGCAGAUCCAGUGCUGCUUGAUGGUUUGAGCAGAUAUUGGUCAGUGUUGACGAUUAGUAUUCACCUGAAUGUUCCGGGUUUUUUUUUUAAUCAUGUUUGCUCUUAUCUCCACUUGUCUUGAGCGGAGAAGCUCUAGGUGAAGCCAACAGAUUUAAAAACAGCCUCUAAACAGACUCCUUAAGACUAAAAACUCCCUCUACCUUUCUGCUGAUCUCAGAAGAUAAAAUGGCUUUGCUAACAAAGCUGUAUCCUUUUGUACAAACUAAGAUAAAAAAAAAAAAAGACUGAGCCAAAUUAUCAUUUUUGUUGUAUUUUUAGAUUAUUUGAUGCACCUAUGCACACCACCGUUGGUAUCACCUAGUGAACUUGUGCACAUCUGUCAUUCACUUGUGUCCUGUUCAAUGGACAGUAGGGAAACCAUUUUCUCUUAUACAGGCAUGUUCUUGUAUAAAACCUGGAAUACUAGUGACUUUGAUUCCCCUCUUUUGUCUGCAUUACCUUUUUCUGAACACUAGUUGAAUAUGUGGUCAUUUCUCUGCUAAAUGCCAAAAGUCCUCAUUUAUUAAUAUGACUAAGAUAUAAUUUUUGGUGUGUGUUGCCAACAAUGGUUAGAUACUCACACUUCAGCUUUAUUACGUUGGCAGAUUUUUAUUCUUUUUUAACACCUGCAGAACUUAACAAAAAAGACUUGAACCUACUUUCUGCCUUACAAUGACACAGUGUGGUCUUGCGUAUAUAUAUAAAAUUGU